AUGGUCAAGGCUAAACGUGCAUCGGUCGCGUCGCCCUUCGUUAACUCGGUCCAGAGACGCAACGAACGUGAGCGCAAGAGAGUUCACCAAGUCAAUGAGGGUUUCGCCUCUUUACGAGAACGUUUGCCCAACGGUGCCGCGAAUCAGAAACUGUCGAAGGUUGAAACUCUCCGCUGUGCCGUGAAUUACAUCCUCGAGCUCCAGAGUAUACUGUCGGUGUCAGAGGAGGAAAGUACACACUCGAGCGAUCUGUCUUCGCCGGAGCCUCAAUUCUACAAAGUGGAGGAGCGCGCUCGUUUGUGGAAUUGGACCGAUGAGCGGUAUUCGCAGAGGAGUUGCCGGGACAAUCAACUCGUACUGGAGAUGACUAGUAGGAAGACCGUGAUGUGA